GUUAUGAAAUUGAAGAAUAUAUUGCUCCUGUGAAUGUUUUAAUAUGCUCAAAAUGUUGUUCAAUAGGACAUUUUCGUCGUCAAUGUGCUGAACAAGAUGAAACUUGUAAAUCCUGUCGUCAAUCUUUUAAAGAUUUAAAAAUGCAUCAUUGUUCAUCUAUUAUUAAAUGUAAACAUUGCAAUGGUGAUCAUCUAUCUAACUCUAUAAAAUGCCCUGUUAUUAAAACCUUUCGUGCUGAUCUUACAAAAAAACUGAUGAACAUCAAUAAUAAUGUUACUUCAUAUUCUUCGUCUAUUGCAGCUAAUAUAGCUAAUAAUAACAAGUCUCAACAUAUUCAUAAUGAUUUUCCUCGUGCAGCAGCUCCUUGGGCACCAUCUAGUAAUCCAAUGGAUUUAAAAUUAAAUACUCUUAUAUCAGGUCUUUCUCAAGUUAAUGAAACUUUAAGUAAAUUGUGUGUUACAAAUCAAGGUUUUCAACAGUUUAUGAUUGAAAAAAAUGAAAAUGAUAUAAGAAUUAAUAAUGAAAUUGAUCAUCUUAAAUCUAUUAAUAAUAAAAUGGAUUAA